ACAAUAUUCCAUCUAGUACUACUCUAAUACCCCAACCCAACUCAUAUUCAAUAUGAUGAGCGCAAGGGUUCCACUGCUUCUGUUGCUGGGAAUUCUUUUCCUGGCAUCACUUUCUGUCUCCUUCGGCAUCGUACACCGGGAGAACCAUGAUGCCGCAGAAGUGUCCGUUUCAAGAGGAAAAAAUAACCCUUUCUACUUCAACUCUGACAGGUGGUUCCGCACUCUAUUCAGAAACGAAUUCGGUCACCUUCGGGUCCUCCAGAGGUUCGACCAACGCUCCAAACAAAUGCAGAAUCUUGAAAACUACCGUGUUGUAGAGUUCCAGUCCAAACCCAACACCCUCCUUCUUCCUCACCAUGCUGAUGCGGAUUUCCUCCUAGUUGUCCUUAAUGGGAGAGCCGUACUCACCUUGGUAAACCCUGACGGCAGAGACUCCCACAUUCUUGAGCAAGGCCAUGCCCAGAAAAUCCCUGCGGGAACCAUUUUCUUUUUGGUUAACCCUGACGACAACGAGAAUCUCAGAAUAAUCAAACUCGCCGUACCCGUUAACAACCCUCACAGAUUUCAAGACUUUUUCCUAUCUAGCACAGAAGCCCAACAAUCCUACCUGCAAGGAUUCAGCAAGAAUAUUCUAGAGGCCUCCUUCGAUGUAAGCAAC